GGGAACCGUUAGCACACCAGCUAAUCUUUUAUUCUGUGUCCUCUCUCCUCUACAAUGGCCUGUGUUCAGCAAGUUAGAACUUCACAGUUUUUGUGAUAUGAUGAUCCACACCAAUAUUCAACCAUGAAAAUCAACAGGACCAUGAAACUCAGCUGUUGCCCAACCAGGUUGUCUCAGAGCAGCAGUCCCUGGUUGUCAUGAAGAAGCUCCUGGCCAUCGCUGUGUCUGGCAUCACAUACCUCCGGGGGCUUUUCCCAGAGAAAGCCUACGGCAGCAAAUAUGUUGCAGAUCAGAAAGUGAUGAUCCUGAAAGAGGAGCGCAGCUGUCCCGGUGCCAGUCAGAUUGUUCAAUGGAUGCAGGGAUGCUUUGAUGCCAUCCAGAAUAAGUAUCUACGGAGUGUCAUCAUGUCUAUCUACACUGACCCAGAGAAGCCUCAGAAAGUGACUGAGUAUUACCAGUUUAGGAUCCAUUACACAGCAGAAGGAGCGCAGAUGGACUUUGAAAGCAACAACGACAACAAGGUGUCGGCGAUGUCAUGCGGCAACACAAAGAAGGCCAGCAUCCUUCUGGUGAGGAAGCUCUACACUCUGAUGCAGAACCUGGGUCCUCUGCCAGACAACGUGUGCCUCAACAUGAAGCUGGCUUACUACGACAACGUCACUCCUCAGGACUACCAGCCGCCGGGCUUCAAGGAGAGCGACGGCGACACGCUGGAGUUUGAGAAGGAGCCGGUGAAACUCACCAUGGGCGAGGUGGUCACUCCCUUCCACACUCUGAAGUUGGACAUGGCCACAGAGAGACAGAGACUGGAGCAGGUGGAGGGGAACGUUCAUGUGACGGAGAAGUGGGUCCUGAAGAUGGAGGAGGAGGAGGAGGAGGGCGUCCUGUCGCAGACUCAUGUGAUCGAAGACGUGGAGAAGCCCGACAACGACAGCAUGGACUUGGACAACACUGAGAUCCAGAUGAGCUGUCAUGAGAAGAUCGAGUGCUGCGAGGAAGCCACAGAGAUGGAGAAGACCCCCGACAUGGAAGGCCCGAGGAGGACCCGGAGCGGACGGAUCUUCAAGUCCACUACGCAGACAAACCUGAUUGUGAACAACAAGGAGGAGACAGACAUGAAGGACAAAAGUGUCUCUCAGUACGAAAUCCCCAACAGCCAGGACACGCCGUCCACCUCCGCACCCAAGAAGAAACGCAAAUUCAGCGAACCCAAAGAGCGCUUCUGACCUCACACCCCCACCUCACUGCACUGAAGUAUCGAUUUUACAUUACAUGUUUUUUAAAUUUCAAGUUAUAUAGCUGUUUUUUUAAAGGGAAUCCCUCUUCUUAUUGCAUUCAUUUUGGGUUUAUUUGCUGUGCAGUUUAUUUGAAUGUAACGCAAAUCUAAAAUGUGGA